AUAUGAUUACACACACACACACACACACACACUUUUAUGUAUAAAUAUGUAUAUACAUAUACAUUUAUCCUGUUGAUGGCAGUCUACAGUGAUAGUUGUUAUGUAGUGUUUUUUACACCAUCUUUUAAGGUUUAAAAAUGUAUCAGUUACAUGCAGUUUUAUAUUUUUACUAGUGAAAUUAUAGAAUUUUCAGAUUCAUAGACAAAGUCAGAGGUUGACAUGUCUGAACCAGUUAGUCAUCCUUUUUGGUUCUGACAUCUGUUUCAUCUACAACUUCCUACCUUGUAAAGCCAACUUUUUCUAUCUUUCUUUAAAAGCACCAGCCAGAUUCGUCCUCAUCUCCAGUGACAUGCAAGGACAGUGGAAGUACUGCUGGAGAUGAAAGACGCGAGUCUUCUGAACCACAGCAGCCAGAAUUGUCCCCAUAUACAGUGCCAUCCGAGGACAGUGGAAGUGCUGCUGGAGAUGAAAGACGCGAGUCUUCUGAACCACACCAGCCAGAUUCGUCCCCAUCUCCAGUGCCAUCCGAGGACAGUGGAAGUGCUGCUGGAGAUGAAAGACGCAAGUCUUCUGAACCACAGCAGCCAAAAUUGUCCCCAUAUACAGUGCCAUCCGAGGACAGUGGAAGUUCUGCUGGAGAUGAAAGACGCAAGUCUUCUGAACCACAGCAGCCAGAAUCAUCCCCAUAUACAGUGCCAUCCGAGGACAGUGGAAGUGCUGCUGGAGAUGAAAGACGCGAGUCUUCUGAACCACAGCAGCCAGAAUCAUCCCCAUAUACAGUGCCAUCUGAGGACAGUGGAAGUGCUGCUGGAGAUGAAAGACGCGAGUCUUCUGAACCACAGCAGCCAAAAUUGUCCCCAUAUACAGUGCCAUCCGAGGACAGUGGAAGUGCUGCUGGAGAUGAAAGAUGUGAGUCUCCAGGCCAAUGCAACAAACCACUACCACCUGGCAAUGCAUGUCUUUGGUGCCCUCACAACUGCAAGCACUUUAAAAGAACUGGAUGACAUGGUUCAAAGUGCUACAGUUGUCUUCUCCAGUCCAUGCUGUGGUGCAAGUGUUGAGAAGCACUUCAAGAACCUGCAAUCGUGGCUGCAGAAAAAAGGGACUCCAUUGGAUGAGACUACCAAGUCUAGGGGUGACGCAGAGGACUUGAAGGAUAUUACAGGAAGCAACAGAUUUGCAAAACGUUGCAAUGCAAUUAUUUCUAAUGCCCCACUGGACAAGCAUGGAGAGGUCAAUGUGUACCAAUGCAAAGGGCUUAUUGAUCACCUCAAGAAAUACGUUCUGCCAUUUGCUGGAUUAUGGACCGGGAUAAUGCUAGGUGACCUUGGACGACAUGGGACAGGACCACAGUAUAAGCAGUGCUCCAGGAGAUACAAUGCCCUGAGAAAGCUUACAAGACAAAACAUUACACAGGACAACAAAACUCAAGGAGUAAUGGAAAAGAGUCAGUGGGACUUGAAACAUAUUCGUUUUACUUCUGGCCGGCUCACCAGGCUUGAUGACUUUGUAGCCCAGUAUCGGAUUAGCCACACUGCACUCCUGAAGGAGUAUGAGGACUCCGAAAGAGUUUUCCGAAGGAAGACUUACAGAGUAGAAAAAGAAAUAUGGAAAGAAAAGCAACAGAAAAAACGGGGAAGAUAUGUCUCAGCAAUUCCCAAGCCUUUCCAUUUCAAGACAUCAAAAAAGAAGUCCUCAGUGUCUGAGGGUCCCAUUGGAAAACAAAUCUCGCCACCACAGCUAAGGUCAUCCCUGGAGGGGGACCAUGAAAACAUUGUUGACAACAAGGCAAAGACAACAGCAACCCCACAGGAUCAAGUAAGAAUACUUUCUUUUAUCAAAUGUUCAUACUCAUAGUAUUACCUUUUAAAUGUUCUAGUUUGAUUGAAUAUUUUAAAGAAUAAAAACAGUAGUUAAAAUAAAAAAUCUUAUUGAAACACAUUACCUUUCUGUUUAACUGUCUUUUAUGUUUGGUUGAAAUUUGUAGCUCACCUCUUUGUGG